CGUCGGUGUCGGUUGCGUUUUUUUUUCGCGCGCGCUCGCGGUCGCAAGAAGGGCGCCGUUCAGCGCGUGGUGAUUCGCUCUAACAACACGCACUCGUCCAAGUGAAGAGGUGCCGAACGCAGGAGCCGCGUAUUUAUUUCCAAUCCGAGUGGAUCGAUCGUCUCUUCCCGAGUGCGUCCGAUCGCGCGGAUCCCUCUUAAUUUUGCUGUGUAAUACUGAUUGUGUAUCAUCAUUGGGAUUAUCAAGGUGGCGGAUUCUAGUGCGACGUACGGACGGACACGCAUACAUACGUACAUACAUAUACGCUCGUACGCACGCAGCGCGACGAGAGUAAACAUAGAACAGAGAGCAUUCCGUGUCUAAAUGCUGUACGGCCUGUGGCGUGAUUAACAUUGACCGAGGUACCAAAGAAAGUGUCAAGAUUGAGCAAGUCGUUGUUCCGUCCGGCGGCGAUCUCGCCAAAAUUUGGAGGAUGCUGAUGCCGGGUGCCGCGGGUCUCGGUGUGGGCGCCGUGGGUGCCGUGGGUGCCCCAGCGCCCGACGAAUUGGUACAAGGGCUGGGAGCCCUGGCGGGUACUACGCCGCAGCAAAAGGACACAACAUGGACGAAGCUGUUCGUCGGCGGCCUGCCCUAUCAUACCACCGAUAAGAGUCUCAGGGAACAUUUUAACGUUUACGGAGAUAUCGAAGAAGCGGUCGUCAUCACGGACAGACAGACUGGCAAAAGCAGAGGCUAUGGCUUUGUAAUUAUGGGGGACAGACCGGCGGCGGAGAGAGCAUGCAAAGAUCCUAAUCCCAUCAUCGAUGGUCGCAAGGCAAACGUCAACUUGGCCAUUCUCGGAGCUAAACCCAGGGGCAAUUUGCAAACGACAUUCCCGUUCGCUACAGGCAUCCGGGCCGGUUAUCCAGCAGUACUUCCUGGCCAAUACGGGGUACCACCAGGCUACGUGUACCAGUCACCCUACCUGGCCGCCGCGGCGCCAGGUGGUUUGGUACCACUUCCGGCGACGCAGUUGAGCCACGCAGCCGCUGUUGCCGCGGCAUCGCAGUUCUACGAGUACCAGAAUGCGGCGGCGGCCGCCGCGACCUACCCGGGCACCUCGUACAACUUCGCCGAGGCGUACCCGUACACGACCGCGGCCGCGGCUGGUACGUGUUUGAAUAGUGUCCAGAGUAAGGGUAGCAACUACCCGUUACACCAUCACCAUCAACACCACCAACAGCAGCAACAGCAGCAGCAAAACGGUCCCGCGACAGCGUUGGCGCAUCAGCAACGGCUGGAGAAAGCUCUCCUACCGCAAUUUCUGCCGUCCGUGCUGCGUGAUUACGCUAACGCAGCGGCGGCGGGUUACGUAGCACCAUACACCUAUGCCACAUUACCAGGUGCCGCGGGUUUGCCGGCAGCGGCUGCAGCGGCGGCAACAGCAGCUGGAGCGGCUUUCCCAGGCCUGCCGUAUCAGACGACACCUCAGGAGGCCAGAUUGCAAUAAAGCACUUUCGACAUUAGAUCAUCACGAGACAGUUGUAGCCGAGCCUUCUUACGUGACAGAAAUGAAGCGAGGGAUGCGGAGGGGAGCUGCGCUAAACGUACUCGAUCUCGCCAUCUUUGGGUGAUCGGCUCGUUAGCUUCCUCCGUUUCAGUUAUUUUUUCCACGAGACUUUUGCGUUCCCGCUCGUGUCUCGCAAAUUAAUCCAAGUACCUCUACGAGAACCGUGAAGAGAAUGAGAUCUGACGAAGCGCCAGCUCCCUCAGAAUCGACGAUCCGCUGCUUCUUCUCUCGCUAAGUCUGUAUAAUCUGUAUUCUUCCUUUCUCGCUUCCCUGAUUUUUAAUUUUCCUCUUCUUAAUUUCUUUCCUGAAACCGAUAUCGGCCCGCUCUCGGUCAAUAUUUUGUGAAAUUUUAGAAAAGAUUCUACGAUUUUUGAGAGAGCCUACGAUUACGACGAUUAUUUAUAGCGAACUCGAGUAAGUUUGUUCGAGAAAAUUAUCCUCGAUCAAGUCGGAAUUUGAGAGCCGAAAAGGACUUGAUUGAAUGCGCUUAUGACCUGCAUUCAAGAGUUAUAUGCGCGAAAAAACGCCCGCUAGGUUUUUGGGCACAAUGCUGUUUUGUAAGAUUUCUAUUUCGAAAUAUUACAACGAGAUGAGGCGAUGUAUCGAAUGUGAUCGCGUGUUCUGAUUUUUGAAAUCUAACUUUCUUAAAAUUCAAGCUCAUCGAGAUUAUAAUCAUACUAGUUCCUUGCUCCUAUCAAUUUCCAUCGGUGGUUCCUAAAUCGGACGCAUUGCUCACGCGACUUCUUUGACAGCCAAUCUUAACAGAGUGUCAGUCAAACGAUGUAUUCGUGAAUUUUCUCUCUCAUAGCUGCGACACAAUCUGUCUUCAACAAAGAUUAGACACGAAUGCGUUAAAUUAAAAAUAUUAAUAAAAUUAAUGUGAGAGGUCUAGUAGCAUAAUUUCGGAAUUAUUUAUAUUCAGGAUUAGAGAUGCAUAGAGAAAGCAAUGUGUUUUAAUUUUUAGGUAAAUUUUCAAUAGAUCUUAAAAACUCUACGCGGUAAACAAGAUUUCUAGUAUUAUAAGCUAUUAGGUUAUAUUUUCAGGCGUUUUCCGAAGCGAUAAAUAAACAAGAAAUUAUGAAAUUGCGUUUAAUCUAUAAUAGGUCGAUUUUUAGGAUAAUGUUUAGGAUGGUAUUCAUAAUCGUUCGGCGCACAAUUGCUUAUACCAGAUUAAUAACAUAGAAAUAAUAGGCAAAAUAAUAAAAAAUUUACAGUGAAAUGGAACUAACAUCAGUUUCUUCGUCAUUGUUAUCGUCUUAAAUGAUGUUUGAUUUACUUUUGAUUGAAAAACUAUCGAGAAAAUUAGCCGUUAAAUGCCUGCAAUUUCUCCGCUGAUUUCAAGGACGAGUUUCAUUUUUAUUUUUUUUUCAUCCAGCACAAUCAAGAAUUCUUCGAGAUUGCUAAGAAUUCGCUGAUUUUUUUUAGAGUUCUUUCUGAAUACAAAUUUCUCAUCAAUACAAGCAUAUAUAUGUCGAUACAUGCAUAUAAUUAAAUGCUGAUUAAAU